AUGGCCAACACCCAGACACCCAAGCUUCGAUCAGCCUGUGACGCCUGCCACGAGGCCAAGGUGCGCUGCUCGGGAGGAACACCAUGCAUGCACUGCAAAAACCACCACCACAGCUGCCAUUACAGCUUUGCGGCGCGCAUUGGCAAGCCCAAGGGGAGUCGCAACCGCAAGACGCUGGCGCGACUGAGAGAGGCCGCGCUCAAUGCGGCAGUCGCGACCAGCCAGCAGCCCUUCGCGUCCAGCCUGAAUUAUCCGGCACCCAGCUCGUUCAGCACGAUGCCCGCGUCGACCGUCGCCGACUGGAGCGCAGUCGAGUAUCCCAUGACAUCGUCCUACCAGAACGCACACAGCACCUCCUAUGCCUGGGUGGCUCCUCAGCCGAUCCCAACACCGCCAGAGAGCGUCGAUUUGGGUUGCAAGACACUGCCGCUCCAUAACGACCCCUUGCUAUCGCAGACAUCCCACGCCGAAAUCACAAGUUCUCCUCCGCAGACGCAUGCUGGCGAUCUCUACUCGACCAGCAGCGGCUCCCCGAGCUACCACGCUCCCUUCCAGUCGACGCCCUGUGACUGUUUCCACUGGCAAACAUCGAGCGUGUCCUCGCUCCAGGCUUUGAAGUCUCCGUCGCGGGUUGGCCAGCACGACACCUUCGACGAGUCGCUGCAGUGCAUCGCAGCCACCUUAACCGCAUGCCAAAGAACAGCAGGAUGCUUGUCAUGCGAGAAAGACUCGUCGCUAAUCCUUAUCUUAAUCGCCUCUCUUCAAAUGGCCGUCAGUCAGCUCGAGGCCCAGCUAUUCGGCCAGUGGAAAGGCCCGGCAUCGCAUUCGUUUCCCUCACCAGCGAGCACCAUGCUCGGCGUCUCACAGUUUACCCCCGGCGGCCAGAGUACGGUGCGUUUUAUGCAGCUCCGCCAUAUGCUGGCCAGAGCCAACAACACCCUACGAGACCUGCGAGAAGCCAUCGAAGUAGCCAAGAUACGUUCUCCUGGGCGAAAAGCCUCAGACACGGCCUUGCUGGGAAGCGACCAGAACGACCCUGAAUAUCUUUGGCAUGUACUAGAUAGACUACAGGCGGGCAUUGAUACAUUGGAUAGUACACUGAAUGGGUAUUCGAAUUAA